GAUUUAUAUUAAUAGAAAACAAUGAGCAAUUUAUGGUUUAAAGGAGAGUUAUUAGAAUGAUAAAACACAAAAAAAACUGAAGACCAAAAACUGUUGUUUUUCAUUCUCAUCAUCAAUUGCUUUUAAAUUGUAUUACAAAAAAAUAACGAUCGACAGUGCGUUUACGAGCGCAAAAUCAUGGAAUAAACAAAAUGACAAGCUACUGAACAACUCUAGUAAAAAAUAACAAAUAUAAACUACUACUAUCUAUAGUAAUAGUUAACCAACAUCACUGUGAUUAAAUUAAAAUAUAAUAUAAGUGGCAACACUCUUACUCAGCGAUCUUUGCGAACGGCGCUGCCAACUUGUGAAGAGCUGAAAAGCUACAAAAAUGCAUCCAUGGGAUUAAGAUACAUACAACGAAUUAGAUACAAGUGUUGGUCGGAAUUUUCAAUGUAUACAAAGAUAACUGCACAAUUAAGUUAAUUCGUAAUUAAAAAGUCGCGAAAGUUAAUUUAAUAUUGCCCUAGAUGGUUUCCGAAUAAAACUCAUUUAAACCCGUUUAAAAUAUCAUCAUGAUCUCCUCUCAAUUUCAUUUAAUGUCAAUAUGGCUGAUUCUCAUUAUUUUUGCUGUGCCCAGCCAUACAACGCAGUCAGGAAUUUAUGUCGACAAUGGCAUAGAUCAAACGGUAAUGCAACGCACGCUGAGCGACGAUGAUAAGCUGGACAUAUCAAGGGAUAUAUUGGAGUUUCUAGGAAUAGGCGAGCGUCCGCUAAAUCAUAGGGGGCAUGGCUUAUCCUUAAGAAAAUCGGCACCAAAAUUUCUGCUCGAUGCUUAUCAUCGCAUUACAGCGGAGGAUGCUCUCAGCAUAGAACCCAGCAUGGAUAGUCACAGUCGCGCAAAGCGCGACUUGGAUGGCGCUGAAGAAAAGGAAACCCAAGAGAAUUUUAUUACUGAUCUCGACAAACGUGCCAUAGAUGAGAGCGACAUUAUAAUGACUUUUCUAAAUAAACAUAGCCACAAUGUGGAUGAACUGCGUCACGAGCACGGUCGUCGACUAUGGUUCGACGUAUCCGAUGUGCCUAGCGACAACUAUCUAAUGAUGGCUGAGCUACGCAUAUACCAAAACUCAAACGAAGGGAAAUGGUUGACAUCCAGCAAGCAAUUUACCGUUACAGUAUACAUGCUGCACUCGGUAGCUGGCGUUGGAGCACAAAUUCCGUAUACGGUUCAGCCAUUAUCCUCUGUAAAUACCACAGGCGACUAUGUGGGCUGGUUAGAGUUAAACGUAACUGAGGCGCUACAUGAAUGGUUAAUAAACCCAAAGGUAAAUCAUGGAAUUUAUAUAGGAGCACAUUCGCUUAGCAAACCCGAUCGUGAGAUAAAACUGGAUGAUAUUGGUUUAGUGCAUCAUAAAGUUAGGGCGGAUGACGAGUAUCAGCCAUUUAUGAUUGGUUUCUUUAGAGGUCCGGAGCUAAUUAAGUCAACUGCCGCCCAUGGCAAACAAAAGCGCACUAAACGCAACACUGACGGGCUUCGAAAAAAAAAAAAGUCCGAGCCGGUAAAUCCGUUUUUGGAGAAUACUGUGGAGAGCACGCGCAGUUGUCAGAUGCAGACACUCUAUAUCGAUUUUAAGGAUCUGGGCUGGCAUGACUGGAUUAUAGCGCCCGAGGGUUAUGGUGCAUUUUACUGCAGCGGCGAGUGUAAUUUCCCAUUGAACGCUCAUAUGAAUGCCACUAAUCAUGCGAUUGUGCAAACCCUGGUACACUUGCUCCAACCACGUAAGGUUCCUAAGCCGUGUUGUGCGCCAACACGUUUGGGAGCCCUAUCUGUGCUAUAUCAUCUGAACGAUGAGAAUGUUAAUUUAAAAAAGUAUAGAAAUAUGAUUGUAAAGUCUUGUGGGUGCCAUUGAAAUUUAUAUUAAUAAUUUAUGUAUGUAUUAUCUCAGUUUCCAUACUAAUCUCGAAUAUUUUUAUUGAAAUAUAUAAGCAACUGUAUAUGUAUUAUAAUUGACACAGACAAUUUAUAUGUAACAAACAAUUUAUCAUACGCCUUCAAUAAUUGACUUUCAACCAAGAGAGUCCAAGCAACAUCAAACAAAGGAAACUUAAUAUUGUAGAUUCAUUGUUGAAUUUAAAUAUUGAACAGAACAAUUUGUA